AAAAUAUAACACGCUACUAAAAAUAAGUGAUUAAAAAUUAUUGUUUAAUAAUAAAGUAAAGUCCCGUGUUGACAUGUUUCUAUGGGUAAAUGGUAAAGUACUAACAUCUUGGUACUCUCUCAAUAUUUUUGGGAUAUAAAAUGAAUACUAUGAUAUGGAAUCAACAGUUCGAAAUCUGUAUUAGACAAGAAAGUACUCCGUUGGAAAAUAGAAAAGAUUAACGAUGAAGUUCAAACAUGGAUCAACUUUUAUUCUAAUAUUCGCAUUAAUAGUCUUAACAGGCGCCGAAGAUGAUAAUGAACAAAGAAUUAAAAGAUCGCCCAAACCAGAUUGGGAAGUGAAUCCAGGAGCUAACCGUGAUGAUGAUGGUAAUACCAAUGCAGGCGUCCAAGUGAAAAAUCAUGGAAAUGACCACGAUUUUGAAGCAGGAUGGAGCAAAGUAGUUAGUGGACCCGAUAGAGCUAAACCAACAUGGCAUGUAGGUGGUACCUGGAGAUUCAAACGAUCGCCGAGACCAGAUUGGGAAGUGAAUCCAGGAGCUAACCGUGAUGAUGAUGGUAAUACUAAUGCUGGCGUCCAAGUAAAAAAUCAUGGAAAUGACCACGAUUUUGAAGCAGGAUGGAGCAAAGUAGUUAGUGGACCCGAUAGAGCUAAACCAACAUGGCAUGUAGGUGGUACCUGGAGAUUCAAGAGAUCGCCUAAACCAGAUUGGGAAGUGAAUCCAGGAGCUAACCGUGAUGAUGAUGGUAAUACUAAUGCUGGCGUCCAAGUAAAAAAUCAUGGAAAUGACCACGAUUUUGAAGCAGGAUGGAGCAAAGUAGUUAGUGGACCCGAUAGAGCUAAACCAACAUGGCAUGUAGGUGGUACCUGGAGAUUCAAGAGAUCGCCUAGACCAGAUUGGGAAGUAAACCCUGGAGCUAACGGUGAUGGAAAUGGUAACACUAAUGCUGGUGUAGAAGUAAGAAAUAAAGGCAAAGAUCAUGACUUUGAGGCUGGAUGGAACAAAGUUGUUCAUGGACCCAACAGGGCUAAACCAACAUGGCAUGUAGGUGGUACCUGGAGAUUCAAGAGAUCACCUAAACCAGAUUGGGAAGUGAAUCCAGGAGCUAACCGUGAUGAUGAUGGUAAUACUAAUGCUGGCGUCCAAGUAAAAAAUCAUGGAAAUGACCACGAUUUUGAAGCAGGAUGGAGCAAAGUAGUUAGUGGACCCGAUAGAGCUAAACCAACAUGGCAUGUAGGUGGUACCUGGAGAUUCAAGAGAUCGCCUAGACCAGAUUGGGAAGUGAAUCCAGGAGCUAACCGUGAUGAUGAUGGUAAUACUAAUGCUGGCGUCCAAGUAAAAAAUCAUGGAAACGACCACGAUUUUGAAGCAGGAUGGAGCAAAGUAGUUAGCGGACCCGAUAGAGCUAAACCAACAUGGCAUGUAGGUGGUACCUGGAGAUUCAAGAGAUCACCUAAACCAGAUUGGGAAGUGAAUCCAGGAGCUAACCGUGACGAUGAUGGUAAUACUAAUGCUGGCGUCCAAGUGAAAAAUCAUGGAAACGAUCAUGAUUUUGAAGCAGGAUGGAGCAAAGUAGUUAGUGGACCCGAUAGAGCUAAACCAACAUGGCAUGUAGGUGGUACCUGGAGAUUCAAACGAUCGCCGAGACCAGAUUGGGAAGUGAAUCCAGGAGCUAACCGUGAUGAUGAUGGUAAUACUAAUGCUGGCGUCCAAGUAAAAAAUCAUGGAAAUGACCACGAUUUUGAAGCAGGAUGGAGCAAAGUAGUUAGUGGACCCGAUAGAGCUAAACCAACAUGGCAUGUAGGUGGUACCUGGAGAUUCAAACGAUCGCCGAGACCAGAUUGGGAAGUGAAUCCAGGAGCUAACCGUAAUGAUGAUGGUAAUACUAAUGCUGGCGUCCAAGUAAAAAAUCAUGGAAAUGACCACGAUUUUGAAGCAGGAUGGAGCAAAGUAGUUAGUGGACCCGAUAGAGCUAAACCAACAUGGCAUGUAGGUGGUACCUGGAGAUUCAAGAGAUCGCCUAGACCAGAUUGGGAAGUAAACCCUGGAGCUAACGGGGAUGGAAAUGGUAACACUAAUGCUGGUGUAGAAGUAAGAAAUAAAGGCAAAGAUCAUGACUUUGAGGCUGGAUGGAACAAGGUUGUUCAUGGACCCAACAGGGCUAAACCAACAUGGCAUGUAGGUGGUACCUGGAGAUUCAAAAGAUCGCCAAGACCAGAUUGGGAAGUGAAUCCAGGAGCUAACCGUGAUGAUGAUGGUAAUACUAAUGCUGGCGUCCAAGUAAAAAAUCAUGGAAACGACCACGAUUUUGAAGCAGGAUGGAGCAAAGUAGUUAGCGGACCCGAUAGAGCUAAACCAACAUGGCAUGUAGGUGGUACUUGGAGAUUCUAGAAUCCUAUAGCAAUAGGAAUAUUACGAAAUACAAAUAUUCUCGUAUUUUGUACUAUUUAUUUAAUUUAUUGUAAUAAAAAAUUAAAUCGA